ACAGGAAACGGACCGACUGACUCGUGACUCGGCUCAAAGAGAAGUCGUCAGUUCAGAAACAGAAACCAAGCUUCAUCAGACGCGAUGGAAGAAGAAGGAGCAAAGGGGGAAAAGGGCAGAAGAAGAAGACUAAGUAUGGACGAACCUCCAACAGUGUCAGACAUGCGACUGGUUGUUGUUGGGAAGACUGGGUCAGGGAAGAGUUCCAGUGGAAACACCAUACUGGGAGGACUCACCUUUACAGCAGCUGUCAGCCGACUGUCAGUCACCAGAGAGUGCUGUAAGCAGACAGGUGAAGUGUUCGGCAGACAGGUGACUGUCAUCGACACUCCAGGACUCUUUGACACUUCUGAGGCUGAACACACCGUGAAGAGAGAGAUCUCCAAAUGCAUCAACAUGUCGGCCCCGGGGCCCCACGCCAUCCUGCUGGUCAUCAAGCUGGGGCCCUUCACAGCAGAGGAAAGAGACGCCGUCAAGAAGGUGGAGGAGAUCUUUGGGGAGGACGCCUGGAAGUACACCAUCAUCCUCUUCACACACGGAGACAGAGUCACGUCAGACUUCAGACUGCUGGUGGAGAAGGCGGGACCUGAGCUGCAGGAGGUCCUGAGGAAGGCAGGAAACAGGUAUCACAUCUUCAACAACAUCAAAGUCAACGAUCGUGGACAGGUCCUGGAUCUGCUGGAGAAGGUGGAGGAGAUGGUUGGUGCCAACGGAGGAGAGUUUUACUCCAACUACACCUACCAGGAGGUGGUGACGAUGCUGCGUCAGAGAGAGGCCGAGCUCAGAGAGUUCUACGAGAAGAAAGUGGAGGAAGAAAUCAAACGUGUGGAGUCAAAGUACCAGAAGAAGCUGAGUGAAGCUCAACAGGAGCGUCAGAAGGUGGAGGAGAGGCUGCAGGCUGAGCUGCAGGAGGUGAAGCGCUACUAUCGGGUUUUAGAGAGCGGAGUCCGUCAGGUCGUGGAGCAGACGGUGCCGACUGACUCCAUGGAAAACAUUCUCAAGUUUCACGAGGCUCUGAAACUGAACUAAACUCUGUUUGAUUGUCCUCAUCCAGUCAGACUUUAAGUGUUUCAGCUUUGUUUAAAAUUCAAAACAUAAUUUUUUUGAGAAUUAAUGCAACAAAUUUACUAUCAUUUGAUUCUGUGAUUUUCAAAUGAGGAAUUGUCUUCUCAUCCCCAUGAUACUGUCGAGAGUCCCAUGCCAUCUUCCUCUGGUAGUGCCAUGGUACCAUCUGAAGUCCCCCAAUGUCUUCCUCUAGUAGUGCCAUGGUACCAUCUGAAGUACUCCAAUGUCUUCCUCUGGUAGUGCCAUGGUACCAUCUGAAGUCCCCCAAUGUCUUCCUCUGGUAGUGCCAUGGUAUCAGGGAAGCAAGACUUUCCAGCAUUUAUUCCCAGACCGCUUCCCUGUCUCUGAGUCUCCUGCUUCAUCUGCUCCCUAAUUAACCACUCACCCUUAUGUCUCAAUCAAGAGUUCUGCUUCAGUGUUCUGGUUUCUGCUCACCUGUUCCCUGUGGCUGAGCGGAGGGACUGUUAGUCAGCUCUUUGUUGUGAGAUUACCUGUUCUGCUGCCUGUCAUUUCCUGUGCUGUGGAUUACCUCGCCAUGUGGCUGUACGUUCUGCCUUCGUGUGUGCGCCGCAGGAUUAACUCAUCAUCACCGCUGGUUCCUCGACUCCUUGCCAGCUCUGACCAACCUGCAGCAGGCUCCUCACAGGUGUGUUGGCGUCAUGUGUUCAUAUGGUAUCGGACCCUCUGCUCGUCUGAUGUCACCUCCUGUCUGCUCCCUCACAGUACCGCUGUGCAAUUUCAACUGUUUGCUGUUUGUGUGCGUUCAGCGGACACCAGGGACUCACCUGGGGGGUAUUCCAUCAAGCUCGCUUAGCUCAAAGUCUGGCUCAAAUGGCCAAGUCCCGCUUAUUUUAGUGAGAGUUCAGUUCCACCAAUGUGGCUAAGAUUAGCUCCAACUUGGUAACCAUGGAAACAUGGUUCUGGCUAAGUCGGACACUUGGAGCUAAGCUCUGACUUUCUGUUCCAUCAAUCUGAGCCUCAAUUCUGUUCCAUGAAAGUGGUUAACACGAAUGCCAGCCUUGUAACCAUGGUGACUUAUGCUGCCGGCCAAACCUGGUCUGGAGCAGGAUUAAGGUGAAGAUGAACUCCACUAAUGUCCAAAAGACAUGUCUGUUUUGCAUUUACAUACACAAUGCACUGAUAAAAUAAUUUGUGAAACCAAAACGUGCUUUCCAUCCACUUUGGAAACUAAGCAAAAAGUGC